CUCACACACACACACACACACACACAAACGCAGAGGAUAUUUCGUCUUGCUAUCAGGUUAGGGCUUACAUUUUGCUGGGGUUUUGGUUCAGAAAGUGGGGUUUUGAGUUGGUUCUCUUCUUCGAUCUGAUGUGCUUCCAACUCUGAAGCUGAAGAAGUAGAAGAGGAGUGGUUCUUGAUAGUCGGGCCAAGGUCUGGUGGUUCUCUGCCGGAAAUGAGCGCUUCGAGGUUCAUAAAGUGCGUGACCGUCGGCGACGGCGCCGUCGGCAAGACCUGCAUGCUGAUUUCCUACACCAGUAACACUUUCCCUACGGAUUAUGUGCCAACUGUUUUUGACAAUUUUAGUGCAAAUGUGGUUGUGGAUGGGAGCACAGUCAAUCUAGGCCUAUGGGAUACUGCUGGCCAGGAGGAUUACAACAGAUUAAGACCUUUGAGCUAUCGUGGAGCAGAUGUAUUUCUCCUUGCAUUAUCUCUAAUUAACAAUGCCAGUUAUGAAAAUGUUGCAAAGAAGGUUAAGACCCUUGAUGGCUUCCUGAAUUGAGGGAUUAUGCCCUUGGCGUUCCAAUAAUUCUUGUUGGAACAAAGCUUGAUUGAUCAACUGUGUGUAUAUGCCUCCUGGCCUGCUGAUAAGCUGAUGGUGGGUGCCACAUUCAACCACCUUGCCCUUCUGCAGCACUGCAAUGCAGUUUGCAUUACUUAUGGUGGACAGCCGGUGAGCCACCAAUAUUGUUGUUCGGCCUUUCAUCAGCUGUUCAAGAGCUUCUUGGACCUUUUUCUCUGAUGCAGAG